UUGAUUGGUAGCAUUAGUUGAGCAUUGGUUGGGGUGAAAACUAUGACAAAACCUAAAUGCAUUGCGCCCUGAUUCGCCGGUUGUUGAAGUAGAGAGAAUUCCAGGUCGUUCCCGUGUGUGUGAUUUGUUUACGUGAACUAUUUGUGCCUUGUGGUAUGUUACCGCAAUAUCGGUGUAUCGUAUCGGUGACGCUUUGUGCUGUAUAAAGGAAAGAAAAUCGUUAUAAAAGUUUGUGACUGUUUCGUCAUAGUUUAGUCACGAAUGCGAGAAAUUACCCAUUAUUUCUAAGGCGUUUUUUGAAGUUGUGUGAUUAUAGCAACAGUGGCUUAAUUGUGAGAUAUCGGAGAGCUAUACGAACUGAGUUUAAAUAGGUUUAUAACGAAAGUAGCGCAAGGGGAUAAACAUGUAUUUGGCAAUACAACAUGUCACAGUGAGGAUUGCGUGUUUAUUUGAUCGCUGAAGGACAUAAAAAUGAAUGCAAUAAUAUGUUAUGUGUAGUGUGUUAGAUUUGAUAUAUAACGUGUUAUGGUUUGGCUUGUCUAACACCAGUAUAUUAAGAUUAAGGAAUUCUAUUUCAACUAUGUUUUCCCGUACUACGCCAAAACUGCUGCAGCUUUCGAUUUUCAUAUCUGUCUAUAUGAUAACACCGAUACUUUUGUCUGAAAUAACAGUGAUAACUGAUCCAAAGUUCAGUUCUCCUAUUGCGAACGUGACUGCGGCUGUUGGACGUGAAGCAACCCUCACUUGUGUAGUGCACGAUUUAGGUGCUUAUAAGGUAGCAUGGUUGAGAGUGGAUACACAGACAAUACUCACAAUACAAAACCAUGUCAUUACGAAGAACAAGCGCAUCGGAAUCACGUACACCGAGAAGAAAACUUGGCAGCUUCGGAUCAAGGACAUUCGUGAAACCGACCGAGGCUUUUACAUGUGCCAAAUCAAUACGGAUCCAAUGAAAAGCCAGAUGGGUUAUCUUGAUGUCGUAGUUCCUCCAGAUAUUUUGGACUAUCCGACUAGCACAGACAUGGUCGUGAGAGAGGGUAGUAAUGUUACGUUGCGCUGUGCAGCAGUAGGUUCCCCUACCCCAACCAUAGUGUGGCGACGGGAAGCAGGUGAAAACAUAUCACUACAAGAUGGAGAGCAAGUAUCAUCAGUAGAAGGACCAACAUUCACGAUACCCAAAGUGAAUAGGCUGCAUAUGGGAGCAUAUCUAUGCAUUGCUUCCAACGGUGUACCACCAUCGGUAAGCAAGCGAGUGAUGUUGAUCGUGCAUUUUCCGCCGAUGAUAUGGGUUCCGAAUCAGCUAGUUGGCGCUGUCGAAGGACAAAAGAUGACCCUCGAGUGUCACUCGGAAGCAUAUCCAAAAUCAAUUAACUACUGGACCCGUGAAAAAGGUGACAUUGUGCCCCAGGGUGGCAAGUACGAGCCGGUGCUGAUAGACAACGCCUACAAAGUGGUGAUGAAGCUGAGCAUCAAGGUUGUGAGCCAAGCCGAUUUCGGAGCGUACAAAUGUAUCGCCAAAAACUCCCUAGGGGAAACCGAUGGCACCAUCAAACUAUAUAAGCUUCCUAGCAGUGCAAUCAACUUAGUGGAAUCAAGCGAAGGAAAACGACGAAAUAAACCACGGAAAGGAAGUAAUUUCUAUGAAAGUAACGACUUUAUGGAUGACGACAUGGAAAGCUCAAGCAAGCGAAAAGAUCUGAUGCUAGGAGGAAACCGAAAUGACGACAGCUAUGAAUUGUCUACGUCUGGAAUGAAUAAUGCUCCUCACAUGAAGCAGUGGCUGUAUAGUUUUGCAUCUUGGUUAAUUUUAUUUACUAUAGUCAUUUUUCCAAUAGCCAGACUUCAAACAAUUUGACCGUUUGCAAUAGUUGCGAGUAAGGCAUAGGCUUUGGAGGGAAAGAUUAGUGAAUUGUUUGUUUAUUAAAUUCGCUUUUUUAUGCUUAGUUGUUUUUGUAUUGUACAUGCGUGAUUAUGCUACUUAAAUUAGAUUUGGUUGGAACUGGUUGCGAAAAAUCGGCCAUUUCAUCGAUACACGACUAUCAGUGCACAAUUAUUGCUACAUCUAUGCCGUAUGAAAUAAGAAGAAAUUGACUAUAAUAUAUAUAAAAUGUAAAUAUGCUCGAUUACUGAACUGGAACAAUACAAAGAAUUUCAAAGACAAACAAAAGCAACAUCGAUACAUAUCCGUAGAUAUAAAAUUGAUAUGACAUGAAAUUUAUAAAACAAAUGGAAAAACGAAACCUAGGCAAACAAACCAAAUGUAUGAAAUCUUUAUCAAACCAUGUAUGCGAGCAUUGGUGAGGAUUUAAAGCUUGUAUAUGAUAGAAAAAGACAGGUCAUGCAGCAUAGGAAACAAAGCCAAGCCGGCAAAUAUAAACCAAUUAUAAUAAAUAGAAACUGUAAUCCUGUAUGUGCAUGUAACGAUCAAGUGUUAUUCACAUAUUGUUUAAAAGAAAUGAAAUAAAUUAUAUAAGCUUAACACUUAAUUGCGUGAUAAAUGUGAAUGUUGAAGUGUAUUAUUUUCCAAAGUUAGUUUUUCAGAUAUCUAUUAAUGGAAGGGAAGUGUGUAGACGUUUUAGAACCUAGGUAUUACAUUAACACUCAGGAUUGCGAUUCGUACAAUACGAGCUUGUCAUGCGAAUCCUUGGACUCUCAUUAAACAGUUAAAUGAAGAAUAUUCCUUUUGAUUCUAUAAAGUUUUGUUUUUUAAUUUAUGCUCGUUGAUUAGGAUAAACUAUAAAAUAACCUGCGUACAUAUGGUCUACCUGACAUUAUUAGACGGAAUCAUCUCCUCAACUAAUUAAUGUUGAUAUUGUUAUAAUAUUUGUUUUGUCUGCCCAAAAUCAAUGCUUUAAUAAAGCCAGCAUGAUUCAUAAACCUCAAAAAUGUAUCCAAUCACUCAAUAUAUCGAUUACAUUAUGAAUGUUUGGUGUAUAUAAUAAAAUUGGAAUUGAUUCUUUAUGGUUUCAUGGUUUAUGGUUUUCAUUGUCAAAUAACGGUUUGAGCUU